AAGCGCGGCUCGCACGGCCGUUGCGAAGUCGGGACAAGCGUUUCCCCCGUGCUUCCGCGCUGCGGCAGUUGCCAGGGGAUAGAGGAGGGGGAAGGGGGUUCUGAUUGGUCGAGGGCGGCGUGUUGCCACGGCGACGGCGAGGGGGUUCGGUAGCGUUGCCGUGCGCCGCCGAACUGCGCGCUGCGUGCGUUACGGAGGAAGCAGCUGCCGUGAUCUGAUCUCUGACACCGCGCCGGGCAGACGUGCGAGGAGGCGGCCGCCAGCGCUCACUUCCAACACGCCGGGCUUUGAGGAGUAUCGCUCGCAUGAUUACCUGCUUGGUUUAAUGGGUCCAAUCAUUGGGAUGUCACCAGAUAAGAAAGCGGAAAUUCCGGGCAUGCAGGAGGAGCGGACGGGCCUCAGAGGUGCGUGUGGCGCGGGGACGCUGCCUGAGGCAGAGUGUGCGUCCAGUCCGCUAGCCACCAAUGUUGACUGUACCGGAGGCUCUGAGGACGAGGAGCUGACCAACCUCAACUGGCUUCACGAGAACCUGCUCCAGAACUUCACUCUUGGAGGACCUGAGGCUCAGCUCAGCGCCAGCCCCCUUUUUGACAUCGAAGGGGACCACUUGGCCAGCCAGGGCCCAUCCCCUUCCUCUUCGUCAUCGCCAUCACACAGCAGAGGCAGAGAGAGGGACUCGCUGAACUCAAAGCCCCCUUUCUCCUUCUCUCUGCUGAUCUACAUGGCCAUUGAGCAGUCCCCCAGCAAGUCUUUGCCUGUCAAAGAGAUCUAUGGGUGGAUUCUUGAGCACUUCCCGUACUUCUCCAAUGCGCCAACUGGCUGGAAGAACUCGGUGCGUCACAACCUGUCUCUGAACAAAUGCUUCCGCAAGGUGGAGAGAAGCUUGGGGAAGGCCAAUGGGAAGGGUUCUCUUUGGUGUGUUGAUCCUGAGUACCGGCCCAACCUGAUCCAAGCCCUUAGGAAACAGCACUUCCCUGUGGCACACGCUUUCUGCACACCACCCGCCUCCCCACCCAGUGCCUCCUCACCUCCUCGCCACCUCUUCCUGCAAGGCUGUUCAUUCAAAGAGUCUGACAUUGAUGCUGCCACUGCCAUGAUGCUCUUAAACUCCGCCCCCGGGCACCAAGUCGACCCAUGUGACUCUGACAGUCCACUGGAUCUGUCCAGACCUGACGCAGUGCUGGUGAGCAGUGAUCCAAAGCAGGAUCACAACUACAGCAGUGUGGCCCUGCAGCGGUGCUCCUCGCGCUCCUCAUCCUCCUCACUCUCUUCCCUGGACGAGGGAGGAUGUGACCGCGGGCAGACCCGCCGUGCCGGCAGCGAGGGCUUCCACAGCGACGAGGACUCCGACCUCUGCGACGAGAGAGGAGGGGGUCAACCUCCACGGCGUGCACCCUCCAUCAAGUGGCCCGCGGGUAAGAGGGCGCGGCACGAGGCCAAGCCAGAGCUGGACGAGGAGCUGAAGGAGGCAGCUGGCUCUCUGCUGCACCUGGCCGGCAUCCGCAGCUGCACGGAGGGCUCCAAACGUACUGUGAAGAGCAAAAAGUUGGCCAGGAAAUGAUUUUUUUUUUCUUCCUUAUUGGACUCCUCACCCUGUCGACCCUAACCUCCGACCCCUGACCAUGUGUCCCAGUGUGCCUCCUUCUCCUUAUCUGAUCGCUGAUAGGCCAUUUUAAGCCUUUUUAUUUUUGCUUAGGAGAUCCCUGUCCAUCAAAACAAAUGGCAAUAUUAUCGUUCACACAGGAGAACAAAGCCAUAUAGAGACUUUUGUAACUCGGGGAUUCCUGCUGGGUUGGGUGGUUUGGGCUGUGGAGAAACAUUGUUGAGACCUAUCCAAAAUGACAUGCCUGCUGUUGGAUUAGAUGAUUAUGAUUCAAGGAUUCUUCGCUGAAAAGACAAAGUGAGAAAAGCUGAAGGUUUUAUAACUCAAAAGCGUUGCAUGCUUCCUCCUCAAACUUGUAUCCUCUUCCAAGUGAACCUAUUUAUGAUGCGAAUGAGUGCAUGUUUGUAACAAAUGAAAUCUAACCUCCUGGUGUAGUCGGUUUGUCCUCUUUUGUGCUGAAGAAGAACACCACCAUUUUGAAAGGCAUUCUUGGUCUACAGAUCUUCUUUAACGAGAGAUGCAAUAAUUAAUCCUCAACCUUGACUGCUCUUUUAAAUGUUAUUUGUUUUGGUUUUUACUCCUCCAGAUUUCAGUAUGCUGGUUAAACUUUAUAGUUGAGAGAAUGAAUGAAGUAGUAUUAUGAUUUAGUAAUCGGCUGAGCCUGUCCACGAGCUGCGGCUCUGUGUCAGGAUCAGCGAGAUGUGAAAAUGAUGUAAAAUCUGCCACUGCCAAAUUUAGUCGCAAAGCUAGCCAUGCCGCUUCGGUUAGCCAUGCCCACUGUAUGAAAUGGUAAAGCUAUCACGUUUACAUAACCACUCUUCACCCUGUCGGUCCCUCUCUUACAUCACUGUGUUUUUUUGUGUUUGAUGUGCAAGCUCUAAACGUGUGUUGCGUUCGUCUUUCUGCUCCAGACCUGUGCAAGCUGAGGUAACCGGUCUGGCCUCCCGUGGUCAGAUGUUAACUGCAUGCUCCCGUAGGUCAGUCGUAGAAAAACGAGGAGUUGAUCAGAAUCAGGAUCAUAUUAAUUUGCCCGUGUAGGUUUGCACAUACAUGGACUUUGACUCCGGUUUAACGUGGGUACCCAAAUCUAAGAUCCAAGUGCAUGUUGACCCGAACCCAAGACGACUUGCAUGGAAGAGUAAUGUCUGACUCACUCAGAUUAACUGGUUCUGUUUCAGCUCAGCAUUUUCAUCAAAUAGUUUUUCAUACCGAUUGAGUUGUCAGGCAGGUGGUGGGCUGAGUUGAGAACAUGAUUUGUUUGGAGGAUCUAGCCAAUACCCUGCUCCAAAAUACAAUUUACUGCCGACUGCAAGAGAACCCUUCCUCAGUCUGUCUAAAGACCGCUGCUUCCUUGUUUUGCUUUGGGUCCUUUUUAAAUAGAGAGUCAGGAAAGAGGGCAAACUAAGGCCAUAUGCAAAUCACCACAGCACCUGGCCCUGUUCUUUUGCAGACUUCAUUAUCUGGGUUGGUUUGUUUGGAACAUACUUUUCUGGUCUUACUUUUUUGGACUGUAGUGCUCCGCAUCUUUUCUCUGGCCAAAAUAUGGAUUUACUGACAUUUUACACGCCUAAAUAUUUGGAUAGGAACAGGGGGACUCGAGUUUCCUAUUGCUUUAAGUUAUGGCCAAACGCAUCCACUGUUUUGUCUGUGUUUGGGGGGGGGGGCUGGGUGUCGGCUUAGGGUCUAUAGUGCGGGACGUGGAGGCGCCACUAAAGUCACGGUCAGUCAGAAACUGGAGUUUGUGUGUGCAGCGCAAACAGGAUUGCAGCUGUGGAGACAGGUGUUGGCGAAACAGGCAAGGCUCGUACGCCCGAUUUUUGCAGCCGUCGAUUCUGACUGGCCGACGUCGUCGCCUCCCCGGUUCUUCCUCCUAGAACAAAACGAGGAAGUGCACGUUCGCUUCAUAAGCUGUGAAAUGGGAUGUUUGUUUCCAGUCGAUUGCAUGCAGAUCACCGGGGGGAAGUUUCAAGUAACGUUAUGUAAAAGGCCACAGUCCUCUUUUGAGCGUUCAUGAAAGGCCGCAUAAAAGGCCGUAUAAGACUGCCCAGGAUGCGGGGAGAGUUUGAGAGCGCCGCAAGUCCGCAAACUCAAAAGUGCAUUGCAUUUUAUACGUGGAAAAUUGUUGUACCACAUCACAGUUGUAGUCACGGUGACCGUUGGUAUAGUUUGCAUGACCAGUGCCAAACGUAUGCUCGUGCCAAGGCCGUGGUCAUCUUGUUCUUCUAUUCCCAGUAUUGAAUUAUGUGGUUUAGAAGGACGGUGCCCUAGUUUUGAGAAUCAUUUUAACAGGAAGCGGGAGAGGACUCUGACCGGUCGAACCAGACGUUGGUUUGUCUUUGUCAGGAGUGAGGAUAGUGGAGGACUCGGGACUAAACUGUGGUCCUCAGUAACGAAUCUUACAUACACUGGUCUUGUUCAGCUGUGAAAGGAAAAAGAAAUUGCUGAUGUUCAUUAAUCAUGGAUUUAUUUAUGACGUUAAUUUAUGGGAUUGUUGAGGGCUUUCUGUCAAAUGAUGGUCAUUUGAAAGGCGUCUCACUAAGGCACAUUUAUUUUCUCCCUCUGUGAAAUAAUCAUGAUGAGAUCAUUGCUUUGAUUUUCCCCCCUUGUUUUACUGAAAUAUACCUUAUUCUCUCACUGUUUUAUAGUGAUAAACUAUGAAAGUAUUUUGCCAAUGUCUUUUUUUUUUGUCUUUAGAGCGGGUGUUUUCAUUUUAACCACGACUGCCAGAUUUUCCUGAUGUUUUGUUUUUGCUUUUCUGUUUAGACUUGAUAGAAAACAAUUGAUUAACCUAUUGAUCCUGAAACCUUUUGUUGCCAAAACUGAUGUUCGGUGAAAGCAGGGGUAGACCGUUCAGAUAAACAGACAUUCCCCGCCUUGAUUCCUUCAAGAGUUCAUUUAAUCGUUUUCGCGACCGUGCCCUGACGAUGCGGGUUUAUAUUCGGAUAUUCUGAAGUCACAAACUGGAGCUAAGCUGUCGGCUUUUGGCUCGUUGCCGUCAUUAAAUUAUGUCACACGAUUACUGCCACUGAUGAGUUACGCUUCCGGAUAUUUCUGUGUGGCAUUGGAAAAAAAACCCCAAUCUUUUGGGUUUGUCUUUACGCACGCUCAGUAAUCCAGGCGGGAAAGUCACAGAAGGUUGAACCGGUUCAUCUGAGAGGAACGUUUCAUCACUCAUCUAAUGCCCCUUUUCCACUACACGGGACCGGCUCGACCUGACCCGACUCGACUCGAUUCUGUGUCGUUUCCCAUUACCGUAACAGUACCCCCUCAGUGUAGGUUUUUGGUAACCGCUCCAGUUUUUUUUUUUGGAACCCCGACAAAGGUGGUACCAGAAAAGUGGUAAUGGGGGGCCAAAAUGCCGGUACUGGAGUCAUGUGGAGUUGAGCCGGUACCGUGUUGUGGAAAGGGGGCAUUAUAAGCGACCUCUUGAGUCUCGACCGACUGCAGGUAUCCCCACCCUUAUAGACAACACAGUGGCGUAACGACCGAAACCAAGGAUCAGUUUCAGAAUCAGAAAUCGGAAACACUUCGUCGUUUCAUUUCAUGCGGUUGUGCACAUGUAACGAAGCGAAACGUCGUUUCCCACGGCCCACAGCAGUGCAACACAAACAAAAACAUCCAAAAACUACAAGAACACACAUAUCCAAACUAACACAUAUAUAUCUAAACAGAAAAAAAAUGCCACUGUCCAGGAGAACGAACACCAGCCAGGAUGACUGUCGGAACCGCCGGUCUGCAUGGCUAGCAGUUAGCUU